AUGGGGAGGGAGGACCGGUUCCCGCUCUGGGAGGCCGCGCUCGGCGCCGGGGUCGCCGCCGUCUUCGCCGCGGUCCUCGUCGGGGUCUACCUCUCCAUGCUAGACUCCGACUACAGCUUCCUCAAGUUGCCCCGCAACCUCCACGAACUACAAAUCCUCACUGGCCAUCUUGAGAACUAUACCAGUGACUACACCGUACAGGUGUUGAUAGGUUACUGUGAUGUCUACAUUUUCAUGCAGACCUUCAUGAUCCCAGGAACAAUAUUUAUGUCAUUGCUUGUUGGAGCUCUAUUCGGGCAACUCCGGGGCGUGGCUCUGGUUGUCUUUGCUGCCUCCGCUGGUGCUUCUUCAUGCUAUUUCCUGUCGAAACUGAUUGGAAAACCGCUGGUGUUCAUGCUGUGGCCAGACAAACUCACGUUUUACCAGAAGCAUGUUGCCAAAAGAAGAGAAAAGCUGUUGAAUUACAUGCUUUUCCUAAGGGUCACCCCAACAUUGCCAAAUACCUUCAUCAACUUAGCAUCUCCCAUGGUUGAUGUGCUCUUCCAUACCUUCUUAUUGGCAACUCUUAUCGGUCUCAUCCCAGCAGCCUACGUGACCGUGAGGGCUGGGAUUGCUCUGGGAGAGCUAACAUCGCUCAGCGACCUAUACGACACCCAGUCAGUUGCUCUGCUAUUCUUGAUCGGCGUCGUCUCAGUCACACCAGCAUUGCUGAGCAAGGACAAGGCUCAAGAAAAGGCACCAGAAAUCGCAGCAGGCGCCUCAUGAACACCGAAGAGGAGCCACCUAGCCACCUC